CCUGGCUCGAUGAUGGAGUGGGCUACUGCCUGGGCAAAAGGUAUAAGCUUCAGACGCGACGCUAAUCAAGAUGUUGGCGGUUUUUUUGCUCAGGUUGGCCAGUUGUACAUAGUAUAUCAUAUCUGGGCAUAUCCGUCUAUGUGUGCACGAAACGAGACACGUCAGGCUACAUGGGCGAAGCCAGGCUGGGAUGCUACAGUUGCUUACACUGUUCCCCUUAUCAAGGUGAUGCAGUCCAGAAUCCUUUCUCCCACAAAAUACUCCCAACUGCAGUGA